GUCUGAGCAGCUAUCUAUCGAAUUAUAAUGGAAACGGGAGCUCAGUUAUCAGCGUCAACCGUUACCAACAAAACCUCAGCGAUUGGGCUCUUUUCGGGUCCGCCUCACCGCCGCACUCCGAUACAUGAGAGAACGCGUCAUCUCGCUCCUCCAUCGAUCGCCCCCCCUCCCUCCCCACCACCGCCACGUUGCCCAGAUCCACGCCCUUCUCCUCCGGUCCCACCCCGACCUCCUCCCUCUCUUCCUCGACCGUCUCCUCCUCGGCCUCUCCCCUUCCGCCGCCGCCGUAAGGCACGCGCGCAAGCUGUUCGAUGCUCUUCCCCAACCGGACUCCGACCUCUGCAGCAGCGUCGUCUCCGCCUGCUCCAAGCUUUCCCUCCACCGCGAGGCCCUCGCGGCCUUCUAUUCCGCCCACCGCAAGGGGAGUCCCAUCUUGUUCCUGUCCAUCCCGCCUGUCCUCAAAUCGUGCGCUCGGUUGCCGGCCGCCGACCAAGGCAAGCAAGUCCAUUGUCACGUCUUGCUUCGCGGAUUUGGCUCCAAUGUCUUCAUUCAGGCGGCGUUAAUCGAUUUCUACUGCAAGACCGGCGAUCUGGGUUCCGCUCGGAGGGCCUUCGAUGAGAUAACAUUCAAGGACCCGGUCAUCGUCAACUGCUUGAUCUCGGGGUACUCCAAAGCUGGAGAUGUCGUCGAAGCGCGACGACUGUUUGACGAUAUGACCAAGAGGACAUCGGCGUCUUGGAAUUCGAUGAUCUCUUGCUACGCCCACAGCGGGAACUUCGCGGAAGCCCUGACGUUGUUCGAGCGGAUGCUGAAGGAGAAGGCUCGGCCGAACGAGAUCACCGUCGUGACGCUGUUGUCCAUAUGCGCGAAGCUGGGCGACCUGAAAACCGGGUUGAAGAUCAAGUGCUUGAUCAGCGACAUGGGCUUGACGAUGGACUUGAUCGUGCGGACCGCAGUGCUGGAGAUGUAUGUCAAGUGCGGGGCUGUCGACGAGGCACGUCGGGAGUUUGAUGAGAUGGUACACAGAGAUGUGGUGGCGUGGAGCGCCAUGAUCGCCGGCUACGCCCAAAAUGGAAGACCGGAUGAGGCGCUCGAGCUCUUCGAGAGGAUGAAGGCGGAGAACUGCAAGCCCAACGAGGUCACUCUCGUCAGUGUCUUGUCUGCUUCUGCGCAACUGGGCUCUGUAGAAUUCGGACAGCAUAUAGGAAGCUACAUCGAGAGUCAGGAAUUGGCAUCAGGGGUGUAUGUGGGCUCGGCGCUGGUCGACAUGUACUCCAAGUGCGGCAACAUCGGAGGAGCUCGUAGGGUCUUCAGCAAGAUGAAGCAAAGGGAUGUCAUUACCUGGAAUUCGAUGAUCGCCGGGCUAGCAUUCAACGGUUUCGCACAAGAGGCGUUCGAUCUCUAUCACCGGAUGAGGGACCAACACUUGAAGCCGACCGACGUAACCUUCGUCGGGUUAUUAACAGCCUGCACUCACACCGGCCGAGUCGAACAGGGGCUUGCGUUCUUCCGCAGUAUGAAGCCAGAGCAUGGGAUUGCGCCAAGGGUCGAACACUACGCGUGCAUAGUUGACCUCUUCUGUAAGUCCGGGCGCUUGGAAGACGCUUACAAGUUCAUCUGCGAGAUGGAAACGGAGCCGAACGUUGUCAUCUGGGGCACGCUGCUGAGUGCAUGUAGAAUCCAUCCCAACGUCGAGCUUGCCGAGGUCGCCGUGAAGAAGCUAGUGGUGCUGGAACCAAAUAACUCCUCCAACUACGUCCUCCUCUCCAACAUAUAUGCCAAUGCAGGUAGAUGGGAGGAAGCAAGAAAAAUGAGGGAUCUAAUGAGGUGCAAAAAUGUGCAGAAGCUGUAUGCUUAUAGCUGGAUAGAAUUGGAGGGUGCAGUUCACAAGUUCUUGGUGGAAGACACCUCUCAUCCAAGCUGCGACGAGAUCUACAAGGCGGUUGACGGGUUAAGCCUACAACUCAAGUGGGUGGGCUAUGAUCCUAACUUGGAGCUCAUCUGACGACACUCUUCGGUUCAUGGCACUCACUGGUGAAGCUGUUCUUCUUCCCCAGGUUCAAGAGACUGCUGCUGUUGUUGUACUCGGUAGGUAGCAUGAAGUAACACAACUUGGGAGGAAAGCUUGGUUCAUUCUUUAAAUGUUAUUGAAAUAGACAGAUUUCUUAGGGAGAUUAU